AUGCAGUUCUGGAGCCGUCUUGCGGCGGCGCAGCCUAUUGUGUUCAAUGAACAAGCCAUAGUCGACAACCUUACUGAAGAUAACCUGACAAGCAUUUUUGCUAGCAGAAAGACAUGGAGGGACAAACAGGUGUACUUAGUCCAUGCUCAGGGCAUUGGUACGCUGGUUGCCAAGAAGUUCCAGAACGAGAACCCAGCACUGCAAGUGGACGAAAAUGUCAAGAACCGCUGCAAGUCGGAGAUGAACCUCUUAGCCAACAUCUGUCAUGACAACAUCAUCAAAGUCGUAGACCACAUUCGAAGGGAAGACGCGAUCAUGCUCGUUUACAGAUAUCCGGUGAACGGCAGCCUUCAAUCUUGGCUGCACCAACCGAUGGGUGCUGCUCAGCCGCUGAGCUGGCCAAAGAGGAGCAUCAUCGCCACUGGCGUGGCACAAGGGCUCUCCCACUUGCACCACGGAUGCAAUAAGCCUGUUGUCCACCACAACAUCAGCCCUAACAACAUCUUGCUUGAUCAUACUUUCAAGCCUGUGAUAGCCGGUUUUGAUGAUGCACAGAUGAACAUGGCCAGGCUCGGCCAACCGUUACCAAUCACUGAUCUGCCUCCUGGUAACUUUGGGUACGCAGCUCCAGAAUAUGGGAACACGACAAACCCUAUGACGGAGAAGGUAGACACUUACAGCUAUGGUGUGCUGCUGCUGGUGAUUGUCACGGGGCAGGAGUCCAGUGGAGCUGGAGCAGAUGGUCAUUUGGCGAAUUGGGCACGGAACUGUUAG